GAAAAUUUUCUUCAAAUUUCAUGGAUUAUUACAGAUUUCGUAAUAACUUUGUGCUUUAAUUUAACAUUUUUAUACGCCUACAUUUAUGCUACAUAUUUUUCCUGGUUGUGUUGUUUAUGCUGCUAUUAAGUGGUAGAGUGUGUGAGUAAGGACAAAGCCUACAAGCAUUGUUAAUUUAAAAACUCAUGCACAAAAACAAAACAAAAAUAAAUAAAUAAAACAAUAACGGAAAAAAGGAACGUUAACAACAAAAAAAAUUAAGUUGCUCAUAAAAUGCCACAUUGCUUACAGGCCUGCAGUAGACAACAACAAUAAUAAUCAUGUGUUAGCAAUAUAUAUGUAUAGAAGAAGAACAAGAUCUGUACAGUAUAGAAGAGAACAAUUUAACACCUACAAAAAAACGAUAGUGCUAACUGCCUAACUAAGGCACUAAGAAAAACACUAUAGCGAAAAAAAUAAUUUCUAUUAAGAAAACUCACCUACAACUCUAACAGAACAUGUCAACACAAAACAGCAACAGCAGGUGCAGGCAAAUGUAGGCAAUAUUCUUGGCUCGCUGCAGCAAAAUAAAAACAACAAAAAAUUGUUUUACAUAAAACUAAGUUUUUUACUGCUGCCACUUUAAUACUUUUUGCCAUUUUUUUUUCACCAAAAAAAAGAAAGGACUGACAAUGUAUAAGAAUGUAGAUUGUAGUGGAUGUUGUCUUUAAAUAAAAAACACAAAAACAACAACGACAACAUAAGAAUCCACUAACGUUACUUUUAGCCAAACGAAAUGAAAGUGAGGCUUAUGGUUGCUAACAGGAAACUAUACACAUAUAUACUAACAUACACACAUACACUAAUGCACAAAUAUAAAAGCUUAUAUAUGUUUAUGUAUUGAAGCACUCUCACUCUUCCCUUUGCUUUACAGUUAUAGUAAGCGAACUUCUGUGGGUGAGUGUGUAUAUGUCUUGAUAUGUACAAACGUGAGAGCAUAGCAAAGCAGUCACAGAGAAUAUGUACGAAUUUGGGAGUAUGUGCUUGUCAUAUAAUAGAAAAAGAACGUUACACAUACAUAUGUAUAUAUGAGAAUAUUAUUUGAAGAGAUGUAUGAGUGUUCUUAUGCAAACAAAUGCUAAAAGACAACAAAAAUCUCUAAACGGAGAAAACAAAUAGAGAACAAAAAUUAUCACACUUUUAAAAACUACUACAUUGUAGGAGAAUAGAGCAUAUAACAGUAACAAAUGCAACUAUAACUACAACAACAAUAAGGAGCAACAAAAAAAAACAACAACCUUGUUAAGUGGCACUUGUACGAAUAACAUUUUUAAGUGCUUAACAAGCUGCCAGCAAAAAAGAAGAGUAAUAAUAAAUAAAACAAAAAACCUCUAACACAUACCAAGCAACUAUGCUGCAAACAACUAUUGGCAACAACAUAGUUUACUGACAACAACUAUAAAUGAAAUUGAAAAAUCUGUUAGCUGAACACAAAAAGCAAAUACAACUUAAAUUGUUUAAGCUGAGCAGAAGAAGAAAAAACAAAUAUAACUUAAUUAGAGCACAGACAUAAUGGCAUCUUAAUAUAAUCUCUUGUCUCUCUUUGUCUUACUGCCUGAAAAAAGAAAAUAAAUCAUAUUUUUUCUGACACUCGAAAAUUAUACAGAAAAUUGCCAUAAAGCAUUCAAACGCAUAUUAAUGCUAAAAAUAAGCUCAAACUCAGAAAAUAUUUAAAUAGACAACAACAACAACAAUACAACACAAGCUAUUGCAACAAAAUACUAAAAAUAAAGUUGCUUUUAUUAACAACAAACGGUUGCUUAAGCAACCGUAAACAUAAUGAUAAUGUUGCAUUGUUUUAUGCAACACAUAGCUGUUACACUAAAGCAUACAUCCAGCCAAACACAAAACCCCACAGCCAGAACAACAACGGUAGCAACAGCAGCUGCUGCUGGCAAAUUAUUAAUAAAGUCACAAUGUUUGGUGUCAAAACGUAGCAGAAGAAAAUCUUCAUUUUUAGCCUGCACAACAAAAAGAAAUACAUUAACAUCCUGCUGCAAUUAUCUGUUACUAACAAUAGUAAUAUUACAACAAUGUUUAGAAAACGGUAGCAUAGUUACUGCCAGCUCGUUAAAUGGCUUGAAUAGUAAUAGCAACAGUAACAGCAACAAUAUAAAUAAUAAUAAAACAAAGGUUCUCUAAAUAGUAAUAAUAAUUUAAAUAAUAAUUUAAAUUUAAGAACAACAGCUUUAUUAGCAGCAGCUACCACAUCAACGUCAUCAUCAUCAUCAUCGUCCUCUUCCUCCUCUUCAACAACUUCCAAUACAGUGCCCUCAAUGUCCUUGACGGCCAUAACUAACGCAGGAGGCAGUAUAGGUAGUAGUAGCAGCAGUAGUAGUGGUAGUAGUUCUAGUUCCUCUUCUUCUCUACUAACAUCAUCAAUUUCGUCCUCUUCACAAUCAUCAUCGUCGUCGUCGUCAUCAUCAUCAUCAAACUCUCGCAGUAGUCGUCAAAAUAGUAACAACAACAACAAUCAAAAUGACCAAUUACCCUCACAACUUUCAUCACGUAUUAUCCAUACACGCAAUGGCGCUUUAUCGGGUGUAAUUGUACAAUUAGAUGGACGCCAUUUAGAUCCGGUUGAAGCGUAUCGUGGCAUACCAUAUGCAUCACCACCUGUCGGCAAUUUAAGAUUUAUGCCUCCUGUUUCGGCAGCCAUGUGGUCAGGCGUCAAAAAGGCAGACAGAUUUAGUCCUGUUUGCCCACAACGUUUGCCAGAUAUAGCCAAUCAGACAGCUGCCUUGGAACGUAUGCCAAAGGGACGUUUGGAGUAUUUAAAACGUUUACUGCCAUAUUUACAAAAUCAAUCAGAGGAUUGUUUGUAUUUAAAUAUUUAUGUGCCCAUACAAGGUAAGUGUGUUUUUGUACGGUUGUUUGUUUGUUUGUUUGUUUAAGAAAAUCCCUUCUAAAAUUGAAAUCCUUAAGCCUAAAAUUAAAAUACAGUAUGGCGAGAGCAAAAAUAAAGUUUUAGAAAAAUAUUUUUAAAAUGCUUAAGUGACAAAC